UUGCAGUUGGUUGCAAUCAACGUGUCUUCUAACACGAAAUUUUUGCCAACAAAGUCAGAAAAUAUAUAAUUUAUAUUAAAAAUGUUUUCUAAAAUUUAUCUUUCAAUUACGGAAUGGCUGCAUACUUUAACCCCUGUGCAAAUCGCCAUACGGAUCGGAGUUCUUAUACUUGCAGUUUUCAUUGCAAAAGUUAUUGUAACCUCGCUUUGCAAAAUGAUCAAAAAGUACCUAAAUUAUUUAAAAAAACCUAAAUGCAACGAUAUGGUGAAAACUUUGAAAAGUCACUGCAGCGAUUAUAAAAUUCUAGGCUUUCACUGUGAAUGGGUUACUGUAAAAGGCAAAAAUAGGUCUGUGGCUAUGUUGCAAUUGUGUUCUCCUAAGGCUUUUUGUGCUAUAUUUCGCUUGUGGCGCAUGCGAAGGAUACCUAAAAGCUUAAAAGCUGUCUUGGAAGAUGAAAAUAUUAUCAAAGUUGGGGUAGACAUCGUGUUAGAUGCUAAGAAACUGGCAACGGAUUACGGUAUCAAGGUGGUUGGUGCGUUUGACUUGCGCUAUAUGGCACUUAUGACUCGACGCAAACCAGAAGAUUUAGAUAGCAUGUCACUCGCUAUUCUUAAUGUUAAGCUUGAGAAAGAUUAUGGUUUCGAUUAUUACUGGGAGGCCGAAGAGUUACAGGAAGAGGAAACCGAGUACGCUGCUAGUAAGGCUUAUGCAUGUGUGGAGAUUUUUAAAAGCUUAGCGUUUGAACUAGACCCAGUUGAUUUGCACCAAUUUCCUAACGGAAAUUUAAGCAAAUCCCUAUUUAGGCUUAAUAUAUCCGAAUUCUUGGAUUUGCAUUUCGGGGAAUGGCGAAAAACUACUGUUCAAUACUCAACCAUACUCCAAUCUUUGGAGGUAUAUUGUCCAAGCGAUAAAUGCUUGCUUCUUGCACCAGACGACGAGUUCGUAUGUCUGGUCGAUAAAAGUAAAGGUGAAUGGUAUUUGAGGGAACAGCUAGGAACACAAGUUGACUCCGAAAAGUUUACCAUACGCUUGAAGUUUUUUCCGGCUUUUCGAGCAAUAGGCUUUUAUCAGCAAUCAAAUUCUCAAUGCUACAUCUGCGGUCACCCUGACGGACUGUUACAUAAGCCUGUUGUGCCGAUGGAUUUGCGUGAAUAUUUUCCAGUGACGUUUCAACUUUUUACUUGUCGUGAUGUAAUAUUCUUAUGUCCAAGGUGCCUUCGCUUAAGUCAUGUAUCCGAUUUUGAAAUGUAUAACAAACUGAAAAAAAAAUCGCUUGCUCGCUACAGCUCUGACCGGUUUUUAAGAACUAAAGAGGCGGCCAAGGCAUUACUAAACGGACAAGCAUCAGAAGAAAAUAGCCAAUACUGCAAAGCUUUGGUGUCGGAUUAUUUUAAGAGUUGUUUCGACGAACAACCUGAGAUUAACCAAAAGGUAUUGGAAAUUGUAUUAGGUAAUAGAGUAACACAUUCAAAUUACGUUGCCGUCAAAAAAUUUCAAGCCGAGCCCGGAGGUUUAAGGAAAUUAGAAAAAUUAUGGCGUGACCACUUUUGGUCGAAAUAUUGUCCUCCCUCCUAUAGUCAUCAAGCUAUGCUGCUCUGGUCAAAAGACUGCGAAGAACAUUUACAGGUGCAGGUCUGCUGAUGGCUAAUAUAUAUUUAAAAAUCAAAUGAUUAUGUCUAGAAAGAACAUGAAUAAUUUCGAUUAAACAAAUAAAACAAGCCAUUUGUACGUAUUCUUCAUUAGAUGCGAUAAAAAAAUCAUGAAUAGUGCUUAUUACAUAUGGGAAAUAGUUUUCUCUCUAAGCAAUAAAAGCAUUGCCGGUAAUUGGUUUGCAAUGGAAACUGACUUUUCAUAA